GAGUUCAUAUUAUUGCGCCUAUUUAAAACUGUUCUCACAUCGUGAUCUUCUUCCCCGCGUCUCGGCUAUGGCUACUCAAUUAUGUGACAUUGGACUUAUAGGACUAGCUGUCAUGGGCCAGAAUCUUGUCCUAAACAUAAAUGACCAUGGAUAUAAAGUCUGCGUUUUCAAUCGAACAAUUUCGAAAGUCGGCGAUUUUUUGGAAAAUGAAGCUAAAGGGACAAAAGUUAUAGGCGCGAAUUCACUAGAAGAGUUUGUUUCAUUACUAAAAGAGCCCAAAAUUGUAAUGCUUAUGGUUAAGGCCGGGAACGCCGUAGAUUCAUUUAUUCAAAGUCUAAUUCCCUUAUUAUCGAAAGAUGAUAUUAUUAUAGACGGAGGAAAUUCAGAAUAUACUGACACCAACAGACGCUGUAAGGAUUUGGCCGCAAAAGGUAUCAUAUUCGUUGGUGUCGGCGUAAGCGGUGGUGAGGAGGGGGCUCGUACUGGUCCGAGCCUUAUGCCUGGAGGAAAUCCCGAAUCUUGGUACAUUAAAAAAUAUUUAAUGGUCGCUUCUAUUUCUUAUAUAACAUAA